UCUUGUGUUUCGUUUGAACAGCGCUAUGCGAACGUUGACCCGGCUUAGAAUGGCGUUCAGAGUGUCUAGUAGAAGGAAAACGCUCUCUGCUGCUUUCUUAGGAUUAAUUGUGCUGAAAAGUUGUUUAUUUUUACUGCAGUACUACAACGAAGUUGUUUAUAGAGACACUUUGGCUCAUAGAAAACCUGUUAGAAGAGAAACUACAGUGGAAAAACCAGUUUUAGGAUUCACGAAGCCUGGUCAAUCAAUGCAGGAAUACAAUGAGACAGAUUUUCCAAAAACUACAAGAAAAAAACUUAUCUUAUAUUGGUCUGGCGUCAGAGGGCAUAAAGUUCCCGUUCAAAAGUCAGGAGUCAAUCAUUCGCAUUUUUGGCCUUUUUUCUACGCGGGAAAGAAUUGUCCAGUGCCGUGCGAGCUUUCAAACGACCAAGACAGAGCACACGAGGCAAGUGCUUUUGUGGUCCACGCCAGAGAACCUGAUAUCUGGAACCUUCCACCGUUGGAACAUCUCGCUCCUUGGAUUCUACAGACAAACGAGAAUCCCGUUUACACGCCUUCUCUUUCUGAUCCAACUCUCAUGUCCAAGUUUAAUCUACUGAUAAGCUAUCGACUGGAUUCUGAUUUCCCUGCUCCUAUUUACCCAAUGCCCGAGCUUACACCGCCAGUUCCGUUUGAAAAGAGGCUGGGAGAUGUUCUAGCGGUGUUUUCAAAGUGUGAGCCUGUCAGAACUGAAUACAUGCGGCAGCUUAUGAAAUACAUUGACAUUGAUUCUUAUGGCGCUUGCUUGAGGAAUAAAGAUGGUUUGAUCGGACUUUAUGGGAAGGUAAAAAACCGUUAUGUUUUUAAGGAGCACAAGUUGAUUCUUUCUCGAUAUUAUAAAUUUUCUCUGGUUUUUAUGAACCAAGAUUGUGACUAUUUCGUUGAUGAUCGACUCUACCACGCACUUACUUCCGGUUCGGUACCAGUUUACAUGGGAACCGACAAAAUCGACGAAUUUUUGCCGGGAAAUUUAAAAGGCGCCGUCAUCAAAGCAGGUGACUUCGAGAGCCCAAAACAUUUAGCGGAAUAUCUGAAAUUCUUAUCUAAGAAUGAAACAGCUUAUAAUAAAUACCUAGAGUGGAAAUGGAAAGGACUAGGAGAUAUAAGYGACUCUGUGAUUGGUCAGUGGUGGAAGCCUAGGUAUCCCUUGUUCUGUCAGGUAUGUAUGGCGCUGGUCAAGGGAAAGCUUCAUCACGGGCUCAAGGUCGACAAGUGUAAACCGAGGACUUACGAGGACUGGAACCUAGAAGACCCAAGUGCUGUAUAUUUUGACUUUUAUACUUUGGGUAUUUAUGCUGUCUUUGCAGCAAUAGCUCUAUGGAUAAUGAUCAYAUAGCAUUUAGGUUGAGUGAUACUAUGGCAACCGUGGUCAAUCCUGUCGCUAUAGCAACGAUGUGGUUUUCUUAUAAUAGAGAGUAGUCGUUUAUCAACGACUUACUUUAAGGGUAGUUUAUCCCAUUGAAGUGAUCCUCUUCGAGGUUCCGUUUAAUCCGAAAUGGCUGCUUUCAAACGACCUUUUCUUGAAACUUGCAGCACUGGAACGGAGUCAUGUUUCGGGUAAAAUAAUAGAUUAAUAGAUUAACRAGAGACGCGUUUUGGCGYCAAAAUUCCCCCCAAAAAUCCACAAGUACCCCAACAAAAUAGGAGAAAACUCUCCCCCACCCCCUCCCCCCCCCUUCGCUACGCCCAGGAACUAAACCCCUCGAUUCUAAUUUUUUAAGGGGAGGGAGGCAGAGCUGUCUCCAAGAAAUAUCGAAUAUGUAACGGUAAGCCAAGACAGGGUUCUCUCUUAAAAUUGACGUAAGCCUCGUUCAAYUUCAUAGGAAUAUUUCACACCUGUAUGUGCAGGUCACAUCUCGUGUAA